AUGCUUAACAAGAAAACGUUGACGUUGAAAACGUCCAAGACGCUCGACGACGCGCCGUUGACCCCGGUCGACCAGACCUUGAGAACGCCCUUGGAUCCACCUAACAACCACCAGGCCUCCUACUUCAACUUGUACAACCACCCGCAAUACGCCGAGCUGGACGACCUCUUGACAGACGUGGACGAGCCCGCAGGCCGCUCCUUGAAAAACUACCUGCUCACCUUCACCCCGGUCUUUGACCAGCUCGUGCUCGCCAUCUACCUGGACAUCUUGCUGCUCCCGACCACCACGCCCUUUCUGGGGUCGGUCCCUCCCCUGGGACUCGUCUCCAAAGUCGCCCACGAAACCAUGAUCCUGCUUCUCCGCAACGCCUCCGACCAGCCUGUUUACGAUACCCAGAGCGUCCUCUCCCCGGACUUUCUCAAGAACCACGCCUACCAACCCAUCAUCUUGCAACUCAUCCGCAAGCGCUUCCUAGACUUGUGUGCCGCUCAGAAACAGCCCCAGCUGCUCUCGGCAUGCACAUCUGUUCUGGUGCCGGCUCCCAACAACGUCUACGCCGCCAGGGGCGGCCAGCUGUCCAUCCUGAACUUGCUGUUGAACGAGCAAAACGUCAACUCGUACCUGCAGCAGCAGCCCACCCUGGCAGCCCAGGCGGCCGCCUUGAGCCGUCUGCGCCUGUCAUCGCUUAAUUUGCGCAAGCACUCCCUCACACGAAACAACUCCUACAACGGCUCCAACUGGUUGCACGUGGGUAACCUUCUGAACAUCCGUCCAAACGCCAACUUGGGCAUGCACGCCGACCAGAACGCGUCCACGGAUUCGCUUCAACUGAUGCAUGACUUUGUCCCUAGAGCAUUUAUCCAGAGAAAUAACCUGAGCCUGGCUCUGCUGGGCCAGCCUCAACUACAACCAGCCCCUGGCGGCUUUAACGCCAUGAUGCUAGACUACCAAACGCCGCCCAGCUCGUCGAAAAGCUCCUUCUCGCUGGGCAGCACGCCAAACAACUCGUACGGAUCCUAUGGCGGCAAUUUCCAACCCACCCCCGGCUCCGCUGGCUCGGGCUCCGAAAUGGACGAAACAGACCUGGAACCCCUGCGUUCCCGCUCGUCCAGCCGUGGUAACGGCAUCAACGGUUCUUUCCCAAGACCUCUCACGAUUAAUACUGAUACCUGCAACUUCCUCCAAAACAUGAACAUGCAUAUCCCUGGUGGAUACUCGGGCCAGAACUACUUUGGUGCUGGUGAGGCGCUCAACUCGCCUUUUCUCUCAGCAACUACGCCUUCCGAAGAAUCUGGCUACUUUGGCCAUCCCCUGUCAAACGGAAUUGGAAGCACGCUGCCCAGCACUGGUGGCUUACGCGGCGGUCCCUUGAUUCCAGGGAGUCCCGUGAAGGAGCCCGCCAUGGCCAAUGGCAACAACAAGAUCAACUUGCCUGGGCAGUUCAGUCUAAGUGAAAAGAAACGCGACUCGUUGAAGAUGAAGAGGGGCAUUCACUGA